CAGUGAUUUAGAGAGGCUAUGGAGUCACUUAUGGAAUAUGCUUUGGCGGCUUAUUCUCACCCGGAGGACCAGUUCCACAUAUUUGACAAAGAGGCGAUAGAAAGGAAAGACAAAGAAUACGAGAGAUGGUGUAAAUCCCUUCAUCACUCUCCCGCCAUUCCACUGGGUCUUAAACAAGAGGACUAUAUACUAAAGGGGUUGUCACUCCAAGAGGAAAUAGACGAGAGAGAAGAGGAGGAGGAAGAGGAGGAGGAGAGUGAGGAAGAAGAGGAGGAGGAGGAGGAGGAAGCACCAGAUCAGAUGAAUGAUUACUAUGAAGGUGACAGUGAUAUAAUGGAAGGAAAUAUGACACCUCCUCCUGAAGUACAGCCACUUCAUUUAGGGGACAUGACAUAAUGUAUGUGAACAGAAAGACCUGAAAACUUAAACACUGACCAACACACAACUCUAAACAAAGUCUGUGUUAGGAAUGAAUACAUGUAUUCACUUCAAUUUUGAAAUGCACCAUAUCAUAUCACUAAUGAUGUUGAUUAUUUCAUUAUUAUUCGGUAA